AGACACAGAGAGAUAUACUUCACCGGCCCCGUCCACGGAGGUCGAACCAGAGCACACAUAAAGCGUAAUCCACAGAGGUCUUUCUUCUUCGGCGAUCACUUUCUGGACUCUGGAUCAACGUUAAGUAGUACCACAUUCACGUACUCGUUUUCCUCCUUUGCUCUCUCUAGGUUUGGAUCCUGCAUUUACUCCUUAAUUCAGAUCCAGUUCCUCUCUCACUGUGUUAAAACGUUUGAAUUUACUUGCUCACAUUUGAAUUUUGUCACUGAGUGAUCUCCAUGAGUUAGUAAGUUCUGCAGAAGGUUCUUCUUAGGUUUUUUGUCCCGAACCCUAAGGUUCGAUGCAGAGCUCAGCUAGUUCGACGGCUCAACCUGAAGCCGUACUGGAAUGGCUUCAGAAAGAGAUGGGAUACAGACCUCUCGGUCCGUACAUUGCUUCCAACAAGGUGGCAACUCCGUCUGCCGACUCGAUGCGCAAGAUUUAUCGAGGCAAUAUGAUUCCAGUGUGGAAUUUUUUGUUGAAGAGAGUGAAGUCGGAGAAGACUGUGGAGAAUAUCCGUAGAAAUAUACUAGUUCACGGUGGGGAUGAUACUUAUAGUGUUGUACUCCCGGAUACAAUUAAAGCCGGUGAGGUGGGAAGGAGGAAGAAAGGGAAAGUUGGGUUGGUUGGGGAAACUUCAAUCUCGAGUUCAGCAGAGAAUGCUAGGGAAAUUGCUCUGCAGGAAAGAGAUUUGGCUGAGAAGGAGGUUGAGAGGCUGAGGCAUAUUGUUAGGCGCCAAAGAAGAGAGUUGAAAGCACGUAUGUUGGAGGUUUCACGAGAGGAGGCGGAACGAAAACGAAUGCUUGAUGAGAGGUCAAAUUACAGGCACAAGCAGGUAAUGUUGGAGACUUAUGAACAACAAUGUGAUGAAGCAAUAAAAAUAUUUGCAGAGUAUCAUAAACGUCUUCGUUUCUAUGUUGGUCAAGCAAGGGAUGCGCAGAGAUCAAAUAAUGAUCCCUUGAAUGAGAUGAAUAGUGGCUUCAGUACUAAUAGUGAGAAAGAAGCAGUUUAUUCAACUGUUAAAGGCAAUAAACAAACAGAUGAUAUCAUUCUUAUAGAAACAGCUAGAGAAAGAAACAUCAGAAGGGUGUGUGAAUCUCUUGCAAUGCAGAUGAUUGAAAAGAUCCGCAGUUCUUUUCCCGCUUAUGAAGGCAGUGGUAUCCACUUAAACCCCCAAGUAGAAGCUGCCAAGUUAGGUAUUGAUUUUGAUGGGGACAUACCUGAUGAAGUUAGACAUGUGAUUGUAAAUUGCCUGAAGAGCCCUCCAAUGUUGCUUCAGGGUAUAACAGAAUACACUCAGAGGUUGAAAGCUUCUAUUACAAGAGAAAUUGAGAAAAUUGAUAUUAGAUCUGAUGCUGAAACAUUAAGGUAUAAAUAUGAGAACAACACAGUGAUGGAUGUUUCUUCUCCUGAUCCAAGCUCACCAUUACAAUAUCAGUUAUAUGGUAAUGGAAAGAUUGCUGCUGAUGCGCCAUCAAGUGGUAGUCAAAAUCAAUUUCUUGAGAGACAGAAAGCCCAUGUUCAACAAUUUCUGGCUACGGAAGAUGCCCUUAAUAAAGCUGCCGAAGCUAGAAAUAUGUGUCAAAAGCUUAUUAAACGGUUGCAUGGGAGUGGUGAUAUGGUAUCAUCACAGGCACAGGUUGUUGGUAGCACCUCACAUAAUGUGGGCAGUCUCAGACAACUGGAGUUCGAUGUCUGGGUCAAAGAGAGAGAAGCUGCUGGACUGAGGGCUAGCCUGAAUACACUGAUGUCCGAAGUACAGCGCUUAGAUAAAUCAUGUGCAGAGAGGAAAGAAGCUGAAGAUUCUUUGAGGAAAAAGUGGAAAAAAAUUGAAGAGUUUGAUUCCCGUAGAUCAGAACUUGAGUUCAUAUAUAAGGCUUUGCUUAGGGCUAAUACGGAUGCUGCAGCAUUCUGGAGCCAGCAGCCUCUUGCCGCGAGAGAGUAUGCAUCAACCACUAUUAUCCCUGCAUGUACUUUUGUCUUGGAGUUAUCAAAUAGAUCAAAAGAUUAUAUUGAAAAAGAAGUAUCAGCCUUUUACCGUAGUCCUGAUAACUGCCAAUAUAUGCUUCCAUCAACCCCACAGGCACUUUUGGAUUCCAUGGGUAUAAGUGGCUCGACAGGGCCUGAGACAGUUGCUGCUGCAGAAAAAAAUGCUGUUCUCUUGACGGCAAGAGCUGGUGCUAGAGAUCCUUCUGCAAUUCCUUCCAUAUGUCGAAUUUCUGCUGCACUGCAGUAUCCUGCAGGUUUAGAAGGUUCUGAUGCUGGUUUGGCAUCUGUGCUGGAGUCAAUGGAAUUCUGUCUAAAACUACGUGGUUCUGAAGCAUGUGUUUUGGAGGACUUAGCAAAGGCAAUAAACAUGGUCCAUAUACGACGGGAUAUUGUGGAAAGUGGCCAUGGUUUAUUAAAUCAUGCUUAUCGUGCUCAACAAGAAUAUGAAAGAACCACCAGUUUUUGUUUAGAUUUGGCGGGUGAACAAGAAAAAAGUAUUAGUGAGAAGUGGAUACCAGAACUAAGGAGUGCUAGUAUGAAUGCUCAAAAAUGGCUAGAAGAUUGCAAAUAUGUCAGGGGUUUGAUCGAAGAAUGGUGGGAACAACCGGCUUCAACAAUUGUUGAUUGGGUCACUGUCGAUGGGCAAAAUGUAGGUGCUUGGGCUAACCAUGUCAAACAGAUGCUUGCUUUUUAUGAUAAACAACUUCUUUGAGCUAUCUCGUUUUUCUUCUUCGAGUGUGCGUGUAAUACCAACUUUGUUGUAUAUUUGUUCAAUAGAAUUAUAGAAUUGUUGUUCAAUUGAAGGUUGUAGGUAUUGUAAUGACAUGCACUCUUCUAUUAUUUGUGAUAAAUUCUGAAGAGAAAUUUUUAUCAUUUUAUGAGGGAUAUUUGUGGUCAA